AUGCCAAGAUACGACAUCCUCCACGUUGUGCCCUUGACCGACGAUCAAUAUGACGAUUUCCAACGCGCUGUCACAACAAUCCACACCGAAUCAUUCGGAGUGCCCAGCCUUUUCGUGAACGUGGCAUUCACGAACAUCACAUCCCAAGUGCAAUUCAUUGCUGGCAAAAAGCGCCAGGGCAACCAUCUUAUUGCCCAUGUACGACUGGGCAACAGGACGAAAGAGCAGCUCCAGAAGCUGGCCACCGACAUCAUAGCCGCCUGGGAUCGAACUGUCGUGGAACCGCACGCGUCGGAAGGCAAAGCUGAGACGAGACGACGAAAGCUGCACUCUGUCUUUAUUCUUGCGUCCGAUGUCGUUGGAACUGAAGCGGGGUUGCCAGUGCCAAUCGCUGGUAAAGAAGCUGAAUUCUUGAAAAGCCAUUACGUAGAGAUCAAACGUAGGGCGGAUGAAGGUGACGAUUUGAUGGUUGAUACUAUCGAGGAGAUAAAGCAGCGUGGCAUGCUUUGA